AUGGAUUAUGAAAGUGCAGGUAAAGCAAGGAAAUUGUCGUUGGGAGAGCUUGAAGAAUUAAGGGAUGAAGCGUAUGAGAGUGCAUUGGCAUAUAAGGACAAGACGAAGAAAGUGCACGAUGCAAAGUUAAGGCUACAGAAGUUUGAGGUAGGACAGAAGGUAUGGUUAUUCAAUUCUAGACUGAAACUGUUUCCAGGUAAGCUGAAAAGCAAAUGGAUGGGUCCGUAUUUGAUCACGCGGAUCGGAAACUAUGGAGACAUAGAAAUUGAAGACUUUGAUGACCAUUUGAGGCAAGUUGUGAGUGGGCAUAGGCUGAAACCGUAUUUGGAAGCUAAUGAUAUCAACGGACCGGAUAAACAGUCGGAGUGCUUCAAGUUGAGCACUUUGAUCUAUGAUGCGGAGUAA